AUGGCAACGCGUUUGGAUUUGUUCUGCAUGGUGCUGACACUUUGCCAACUCGACAACUAUUUCUUCGCAGGACAAUCAGCAUCUGCUUCCGAAGACGAAGUGAAGGAGUUUCUUGGCAAAGUGUUUCAAGCGAGUAACAAGGAGAACAUCAACAAGGUUUUUACGAUUCAAACAAAAAAUGAUGAGCUAAUUCUCGAAUCAAUGGAUGCAAAAGCUGCAACGAACGCUGAUGGAACCCCUGCGAAUACUGUGCAAAUUGUGGUAGGAAGCACUGGCGAGCAACCCGCUAUACACACAAUAUCGAGUGGUCCUGGCACUGUUGAAGUGAAGUCCAAAGCUGGAUGGUGA